UUUUUUAUAUCAAAAAAUCAAAUGGCGAUUACAAAGAGAAUUACAAAAAAAAAUAUGAAAAACAUAGAAGUUAUCGUUAUUGAUGAACAGGCGCUGGAAUUUACUCCUGUAGACUUGACUGCAGAAGAUUUUUUAAAAGAAUUAGAAAAAAAAACAGUUAACGAAAUUAAAAAUGAAAUUAUGGAAAAAGGAUCAUCGGAACAAAACGUUCAUUUACAAACUAAAAAAAAAAAGAGCAAAUACAAGCUCAAAAGAAAUAGAGCGAGAAAAAUAAAAUUUUUGCAAAAGCAAAUUCAAGACGGACUUGAAUAUUUAAAACAAAAUUGUAACUAGUUUUUUUUGUAAUUAGUUUUUUACAAUAAAAUAUAUUGUUUAUUUCUUUUUUUUUUUUUUAACGCUGCAUUUCUUUCAUGUUUUCGAUUAACGUAAGCAUCGUUUGAUAUUUUCCAUCGUUUUACUUUUUUACCAACGCGUCCUAAUUUACGAUUAGAUUUGUUAUCUUUAUAUGUUUUUUAGUUUUUCGUAAACAUACUAAUAUAUUUUUACAAUUGCUUGGUAUCCCUCUAUUUUCUGUUUGCGUAUGUUGCGAGUUUGUUGUAGUACGUACAAAAUCAAUUUGAUUAUUUAAAUAAUCGUCUACAGUUUUUUUUGAUCUAGGCGUAUAUCUUGUGCGAGGCAUUUUUUUAAAAUAUUUUUUGUUGUUAAAAAAAAAAUAUAUUUAUAUAAUAACAUUUUUUUUUAAUUUUUUUACAGAUUUAAUUAUAUAAAAUAAAAUGAGUGAAAAUGAAUUAACAAAUAUCUUGUCAUUCUAUCUUGAAGCCUAUUGGCAACAAUUUGCUAAUUAUUUAAACAUGCAUCGCUGUGUUAUUGAUGCCAUUGAUAACGAUUACAAUAGAAGUUAUUUAAAAAUAUGUCGAGUCAUUACGCUAUUUUUUCAAGUUAAUCCUGAAGAAAAAACUAAUCCGCAAUUUAUAUUAAAAACAUUACAAAGAUGGUUGAUUGACGAACAACAAAAAAAAAAUUUUAAAUUAAUAAACAAUUUAAACGAAUUAAUUAUUAAAGUUAAAAACUGUACUAUUGAACCCAUGGAAUAUUAGUUUUGUAUAUUAUUGUAUAACAUGUUGUAAUUUUUUUAGAUUAAUUAAAAAAACAAAAAAAAUGGAAAGCCAAAUGGAAACCAUUUACGCCGAUGUAAAUAAAGCCAUCUACAAAUAUGGCAAACCGUCUGCACAAUUAGAAUUUGUAAAACCAUAUGAGGCCAUGUUUGUAGAUGGCGACUCGAUUUUUAAUUUAAAAAACAUCGACAUAGUCGACGAAAAAGAAGACUACGAGUUGGAUGAUGACGAUGAAUACGAUGAUGAUGAUGACGAAUAUAAUGAUGAUGACGAUGAAUACGAUGAUGAUGAUGACGAAUAUAAUGAUGAUGAUGAUGAAUAUAAUGAUGAUGGUGAUAAAGAAAACGAACCUAUGGAAAUAGACAAUUGACUUUUUUUUAAAUUAUUUUGUAUUUUUUUAUUUUUAAUGUUCCUUUAGUUUUGAGUGUAUUGAGAAAUGUAUUUUCUCAAAGCAGCCAAAACUAAAGGUAUAAAAAAUAAAAAAAAACAAUGGAAUGGAACUUUUAUAUUUUUAAUGUCCCUUUAGUUUUGAGUGUUUUAAUAAAUUUAUUUUCUUAAAGCAGCCAAAACUAAAGGUAUAAAAAAUAAAAAAAAACAAUGGAAUGGAACUUUUUUAAUGUCCCUUUAGUUUUGAGCUUAUUAAGAAAAAUUUAUUUUUCUCAAUAAAGCCAAAACUAAAGGUAUAAAUAAACAAUGGAAGAGAACACUUUUGUUUUGUUUACAAUUAUUAUGAAUAUGAGAUUACUUUUUCUAUUCAAUAGAUAAAGCAAUUUCGUAUUCAUAACAAUGUAACAUAUUUUACUGAACAGCUGUCAUUGCAAUCGAUAUAUAUUAAAAAUAAUAAUUUGUAUUUUUUUACUUUUAUUAAUAAAUAUUUUUUUUCAUAUUGUUUUUUUAUACUAUGUUAACCCUAUUUGACUAUAAUUUUACCUGUAAUAUUACAUAAUUUUACCCAUAAUAUUUAAAAAAAAAUUUUUAUAUUAAUUUAAUACUUUUUUUAAGCAACUAAUUAUACCAAAAAAAAUGGCUGAAGCUAUGGAAAAAGAAUUAUGUUAUUAUUGCAAGCUACCCUUUACUAUUGAUCAAUUACUAAAUCAUCAAUUAAAAUGUAACACAUCACAAGAUUAUGAUUGUUUUAGCUGCGGAAAAAAAAUUAAAUUGUCAGAUACUUGGGAACAUGAAUGUGAAAUUUAUCACGAGGAACGCGUAGAAAGAAAUCAAACUAAAUUAUGUGUGUUUUGUGGAAAUCAAAUUCAAAAAAACUACUAUGAUCAACACGCUAUUGAUUGUUUACAUCGUUUUGAAAAUGAAUGGAAAGAAGUAAUGGAAAAACAAAAAAAUAUUAUUAUGGAUCAAAAACAAAGUUUAAUUUUUUUAAACAUGACUAAUAAUAACAUUCUGAACAGUUUAGCAACUGUCAACAAACAAAUAAACGCAUUAACCAAACAAAUGGACAACAUGGGUUUGGAAAUAAAAGAGUUUGUGAAUAAAAACACAUUUGAAAAAAUAUUGAACAACAUCAGCUUGGAAAUGAAAGAAUUUGUGAAUAAAAGCACAUUUGAAAAAGAAUUGAAACUAUAUGAUAAUAUAUUAAAUUAUAAUAAAGAUAUCAACGACAAAUUCAUGUCUGAUAAUUUAAUUAUAGAAUUGGACCAAAUGGAUUUAAGAUUGCAAUCUAACGAAGCUUAUCAUACUCAACCUUCUUAUACUGUAGACGGUUAUUUCUACCGAUUUAAAAUUUUUGGUUACAGUAAUCAAGAAGAUAAAAUGGGUAUUUAUUUUCAAUUGAUACAGUCUCCAAAAGAUCAUUCUUUAAAAUGGCCAUUUAUGAAAACUGUAACAUGUACAGUUAAAAACGAAUAUAUUGAAAACACAAAAAUAAUAGCCAAUUAUAGCGAACCGUUAAAAGAAUGUUUUGAAAAACCUGCUCAAGCUUAUAACCGAGCUAUUGGAACAGAUAGUUUUGCAACGCACGAACAAUUAAAAAGACAUUAUAUAAAAAACAAUAAACUUAUUAUACACGUUUCUUUUAUAUAAUUUAUUAUGUAUUUUGUUUUGUAUUUAAUUAUUCAUAUAAUUAAUAAACUUAUUAUACACGUUUCUUUUAUAUAAUGUAUUUUUUAUAUUAUAUAUUUUUUUUUUAUAAUGUUAUUUUUUUUUUAGAAUAAUAAAAAAAAUGAACAGUUCAAUCAUGAGAGAUUUAGCUGACUACAUCACUACGUCUGAUGUAAAAAAAUUAAAAAUGUUUUUAGAAAUACCGUACGGAAUAAGAGAGAAAAUUAAAGACGGACUAGAUUUAAUGGAAUAUCUACAAUACAAAGAUUUCGUGUAUCAAAACUAUGAAUACAAUACUAACGAAGCUAAAAUCAAACUUAUUUUAAAUUUGUUAAAUGAAAUCGGUAGAAAGGAUAUCUAUAAAAAGUUUAUAGUUAAAUUUGAAAAUCCGCCAUCAUACGAAGAAAGUAUAAAUCCUCCACCGUAUGCAGAACUGGAUAAUCGAGACAGAUCCAAUAUAGAUUUUCCAAACUUUAAAGUAGCAGAUCCAUUUUUGGCAAUAAACGCAAAAUGUAAUACUCCGUCGUAUUAUCCGCCUGAAGUUAUUUGUUUAAAACAAAAAGAACUUUUGAACUAUUAUAAUAAAAAAUAAUUUUUUUAAAAAAAUUUUUUAUGUCCUUUUUUUUUUAAUUUGUAUAUAUAAACUUUUUGUAAAUACUUAUUAUAUAAAUUGUUUUUUCUGCUACUAAGCAACAUAAUUUAGUCAUGAAAUCUUUUUUUAAUAUUUAUAUGGAAUGUAUAGAUUGGUUAUUUAAACAACAUGAAUAUGUUAUUAAUCUUAAUUUUAAACCUAAUAGAAACGACAUGUAUGAUUUUAUUUAACUUUUUUUAUUUUAGAAUAAAAAAAAAUGAAGCUAAUUACUGGAGACGAUCAAGACUUUUUAUUUUUU